GCAAACUCUAAACCCUCACCACCAAAGUUUGUCUAAGAAACAGCAGGAUGAACUUGCCAACUACCAAGACGGGUUUUCUCUCCAUUCGCAGGAUUCAUCAUGUCUUCCAUGAGAAAUGCCGUCCAACGGCGCAAUCACAAGGAGCGUUCUCAACCCUACGAACGUAAAAAGUUCGGUUUGCUUGAGAAGAAGAAGGAUUAUCUUCAGAGAGCUCAGGAUUAUAAAACGAAGCAAAAGAAGCUGAAAAGACUCCGUGAAAAGGCUCUAGAAAGAAACCCAGAUGAGUUCUACUAUGAAAUGGUUAAUAAAAAAACCAAGGACGGUGUUCCUAUCACUGAACGCGAAGACUCGACAAUUAAUAUGGACGCGAUAAAAAUUCUGAAGACACAAGAUGCCGGUUGGAUUCGGAUGCACCGGGAAAUUGAACAAUCAAAGAUCGAGCAGCUGGAAUCGCAGAUGCAUACAGUCGGUGCGUUGCGCAUGGAUGGUGAACGUCGUAAGCACACUCUUUUUGUCGAUACGGAAGACGAAGCUCGGACAUUCGAUCCAGCAGAGCACUUUAACACAUACGAAGAGCUGUUAGACCGUACGGAGAAUCGGCUGCGUGCUGACCAGCUUGAGGAGGGCAACCUGGCCAUUGAUGCUUUCUCACGCCGUCUGUACAAAAAAGAAAAGGAAAAAGCAGCUAAGGAACUGCUGUUACGUAAACAGCGUGAUGAAAAGCUGAAGCUUGCUGAGGAAAAGACGCAAGUGCAUCGUCUUCUUCAAGGCAAGGGUGGUCGUCGGAAAGUGACUACUUCUUCUGGAAAGCAAGUUUAUAAGUGGAGAAACGAGCGUAAGAAGUAGAUGAAGCAGUAAGCUGCAGAAUGAGCCUUCCUACGACCCUCUCUCUUUUUCUCUCUCUUUCUUUCUGACACGCUUUCUCUCUUUAUAAAUAUCUACAUGCUGCUUGUGGAUGUCUCCCUUUGCUUUCUUUCUGUGCUCUUACUCACUGGUUUUCGGUUCUUGGAUAAAUUUUGGAUGUUUAGUGAAUGGAAAGGUCCCAACUACGUUAAAGGCUUGAAGUUUUAUGAAACGGUUGUUUCCAAAAAAAAAGGAAAGAAUAUUAAAUACAGAUGUUUUACCAUCAUGAACUCCCGUGAAUUCGAUACCCCUCUUUAAUCCCCUCCGUACUUACCACCCUUUGUGUCAAGAAAAUAACCGUUUUAUUAAACAAUUCCCAAAAAAUCUUCCAUUGAGUGCACGAAUUUUGAACAAGCGAUACUUGCACUCAGAGGGUAAUCGCUGAUACUAACCUUUUCAUCCACCCAACCAUCAGAAAAGUCAUCGGGACCGUGGGCCAUGGCACCGACGGCGAUGCAGAUGGACUGGUUGGUAUUGAGGGUGUCGAGGUACUUGCGCGGAGAGAUUGUCGGUGCGUCAAACGAAAGUGUGAUUUUCCGGCAGUCAGGAGGAAGGUAAUCAGUGACGGGAUUCUUGAUGACCUUGAGGAGCUUCUCGUUACCGUUAACACUGCGGAUGGAGAGCUUGUGCAGCAACUGAACCAUCAAACCAGAGAAACGUUUGAACGUACGCGGGAUACGGACGGAUGGAUUGACUUCAAUGAGAACCUUCUUAGCCGUAUGGAUGAACACUUGUAAACGACCAGCCUUGUUUAACGGCGAGUCAAGAAGCGUGAGCAGACACUGAUGUGUGAUAUCCGGUCUAGCUUGGGCGAUGCUUCUGUUCAACUUUUUAAGCAGACCUUGAUGAUCGUCACAGUUCAGCAGCUCGUACUUUGCUUCUUUUGACUUUCCGACUCUGUAAAUCUCAAGACAAGCUUGGUCAAGGACAACAAUGAGACGUUGGGUCGUAGUAUCAUGGCUACCCAAAGUACGAGCAGCAAUAGGGGCCAUGUUUGGAGUUACCCGAUGCACUGAUCCAGCAGGAAGAGGUCUGCUGUUCUUCACGACUGCAGCGUUCUUUUCUUCAUCACUAUGAGCAGCCUCGCCGUCUUUUUCGUCUUCCUUUUUCGUCGACUCUUCGUCAAUACAAGUUUUUCCUCCGUCUUCGGCACUACGCUCUUCUUCCAACUAUUCACAGCUGUUUGGUUUGCCAUCAGACUUUCUAAUUCAUCGUCCUGUUCCAUUUUCGCUGGUUCGGCUGUACCGUUUUCACCUUCCUGAGGAGGACUGGGUUCACGUUUUACAGCUUUUGGUUUUCCGUGAUGUGUAACCUCAAGAGAGCCCCGAGACUUGCGCUUUGAGACGUUCUCCAUGCCAAAAAUUUGUAGUUUUUCCGCGUAUCUGCGCUCGUCAAACCAAAACACGAAAGAAUGUAGUUGGAAGACGACAAAACCACCUGGGACCCUUCUUGGGGUUUUGGCAAGCGCGUCGCUAAAAUCUCGACUUAAAAUGCAGAUAAGAUAAGAUAAUAGGCGUGUGAGAAAUCCAGAACGGAGUAUGUCUUGCUGAG